UGAGCGGUCGUAUACCAACCCAACCAAAGAUCAACUCCAGCCAGUUACUCUUUUUGCUACUCAUGAACGUACAAGUCCCAAGUCGAACUUUAUGCUCGGUACUGCUACCCAGUAGUGCACCCAGUCGGAGAAAACAAGGUGUAUUAGAUGCGUGUUCGGUGUUUGAAGAAGGAAAAAGCGUGUUGAUGUCGCCGGGAGCGUGGUGAGGCUGCUGCCACAGUGAUCACACCAUCACCACCACUACUGCAUCACUCUAUAUACCUCUCUGGUGGACGCAACGAUUGACGCUCCCUGUGUCGGGGUCCUGGUUGCUAAGGCGUGAUGAGGUACUUCUGACAGCAAGAAGAGGCGAGAAAGUGGAGGAGCUUGGAGAUAAACGGAGCGUCGGUGAGACGCAGGUCCCGAUGGCGUAUUGGUCAUUACACUGAUGCAAUGUUUCCACCACAUCACAGCACAUGAGUGACGUCGACCUCAGCCUGCGUCAGCUUCUGGCAUCCUACGACUCGGCAUCCACCAAACCUAAACAGCCUCAACCCCAAAGGAACUGAAAGAUGGCUAUCAUAGGUCACGGUGGCACCGACAUUAUCCGCCAAUUGGUGGGCAAUGUAGUGAAUAUCUUCAAGAAGAAACGUGCUCCAUGCACCUCCCCUUGCGAUGGACUUAUUCUCAAGAUGCACUACCAGUGGACCUUCUGGCUAUUACUGGCUGGGUUUUCUGCCGUUUGGUAUUCCUGGUACCAUCGUGACGUGAUCACGUGUGUAUCUCAUUUCAAUGCUGAAACCCAGGUCCGUCUGGAUUACAUAAAUAUAUGCCUCUCCUACCCAUAUGUUGAGGAAGGCAGCUCAGACCGUAGAUUCCUUCUCUUCUACAGAUGGAUACAUUGGACUCUACUGGUGCUAGCUGGCAUUUACUACAUCCCCCGCAAAAUCUCCAAGAAUUCAGAAAAUCCCAAGGUAAAGAAGCUUAUUGAGGACCUUGCCGUGAACUCUCAUCGAUACGAUCAGAUCGAGAAAGAGUUGGUAGACAGAGCAGCUCGCUAUAUUGCUUGUAAUCUUAAAACUCACAAUGGACUUUAUUACAAAUUUGUCACCUGUAAUGUUAUAGCAUUGAUUGUAGAUAUUAUCAGUUUCCAGUUUUUAGAUUUUGUAUUUCAAGGGCGCUUUCUCCAUUAUGGGUGGAUGGCCUAUCCUUAUGACCGUGACCCUGUUAAUUUUUCGGAUUACAUGUCCAGGACUUUUCCUCCUUUUGCCAAGUGUGAAUUGGGUGUUGUAAACAAGCUAGUUGGCCAAAGGACAGAGAAAUUUGGUUGUCAUUUAACAGUGAUGGAGUUGUAUGAAAAAGUUUUUCUUGGUGUAUGGGUAUGGCUCAUCUUGCUGACUACAAUCACAUGUGCAUACUUGAUAUUCUUAGGCUUUAUGUGGCUUCCUUAUUUCCGUCUGAUGAUGCUUAAGGUGGCCAAGCCUCUCAAUGCCAAAGACACAGUGAGCAACACUAUAGUUUCUGUUGUCAAUUGUUGCAAAAUUGGUGAUGUUUAUUUACUAUACCGUCUGAAGCAACACUUGAGCCAUGCACGGUUCUACGAGCUCUUAACACGACUCUCAGACCCAGAACUUAUAAAGACUAUGCUAGAGGACCCAGCUGAUAGAGCCGUUCAUGCUAGAAAUCAGGACAACCUUCGUAACAGAAAACCUAACAUCAGUAUGGGACCCAAGGGCAAAUUUAACACACCGAACGAUCUCUACAUUAACCAGGAUUAUGGAAGACCAAACACCAGCAUCCUGGUGGAGUAAUUAAAGUCUACAUAGGUGUUGGCAGUAGGCUCACAAGUACUUAUUUAUAGUGCCGCUCGGGGAAAGCACACACACUCGCUUCAGUGAUGAUCUGAAUAUUAGAUCUGUUGACUGGGAUGCCCAUGCUGCCUCUCCCUCGUAGUGUAAGGCUCAUUAGUGAUACAAACAUUUGACUGUGGUAUUUUUUAAUCGUUUGCCUACUUCGUCUGAUAGUUGUUGGCUUAACAUUGCCAAAAUUAUUAGUUAACCAAUUCAUGAAUGAUAGUGUGAUGACUUCAGGUGUGAUGUACUGUAUGUGUUCAUAUUUUAAUUUCUUAAUGAAAAGCUAUUUAUAAGUCUUUUUGAUAGGAAACAAUUUUAUAUUUUUUACUAAGAUUUAUUGCUGCAAUGCAGUUUGAAUGUGAUGAAUGCUUUUAAAGCAGAUUGUGGCAUAUUACCUGAUGGUUUAAAUAACACGGACUAAAUGAGUGUUGUCAUUAGUGUGUUGGUGCCGAUCAGUCAUGCCCACUGUUAAUGCAUUUGCUAGUUUUGCUUGGAUGUUUUAAAAUAUUUAUGCAUUUGAGAUUUUUGAAGAUCGUAUGUUUUCUGAAAUCUAUUAGAUUUAAUUUUUUAAAGUACUCAUAAAUUGUUUUAUUCUGAUGGAGAGAGAGAGAGAGCGAGAGUGAGAAUGAGAAUGAAAAUGAGAAUUGAAUAGCUCAACCCUCAUUGCCAGAUAAUUUGUUAAACUCAAUAAAAGUGUCUUGCUCAGAGCAAGAUGGUGUACCUGACAUUGCUAUCAGUGUCAUAUAGGGUGACAAUCAAGAUACUUUUUGUACUAUUUUAAAAAAUAAAAAAAUGUCAAGU